UAUGCAACUGCGUACUGGAUGAGUUCUGAAAAGGCAAUACAAGUCAAAAACGUACUGGACAAGAAUGGAGAUGCGUAUGGCUUUUACAAUGACUCCAUGCAAACUACAGGCUGGGGCAUCCUGGAGAUCAAAGCGGGGUAUGGCUCUCAGACCCUGAGCAAUGAGAUCAUCAUGUUUGCAGCUGGCUUUUUGGAGGGUUACCUCACUGCCCCUAUUCAAGAUCAGUGGACCCGGAAAAAUAUAAAAAAUCAUAAGGAUGACCCAAUUUGGAGACAUACUGGCUAUGUUAUGGCACAAGUGGAUGGGCUAUACGUAGGAGCAAAGAGGAGGGCUCUGUCAGAAGGGAAAAAGCCCCUGACCCUGGCCCAGAUUCAGUUCCUGAACAGUGUUGGAGAUCUGCUGGAUCUGAUUCCCUCAUUCUCUGUCAUGAAAAAUAACAGUCAGACGUUUUUAAAGAGAUUGGAGAUGGGACAUUGCUCUGCUCUCAUUAAGGUUCUUCCCGGAUUUGAGAAUAUCUUUUUUGCUCACUCAAGUUGGUACACGUAUGCAGCCAUGCUGAGGAUCUAUAAACACUGGAACUUCAACAUCAAAGAUAAAGACACCAGCAGCAGUCGCCUCUCUUUCAGCAGUUACCCAGGGUUUUUAGAGUCUCUGGAUGACUUCUACAUUCUUAGCAGUGGUUUGAUAUUACUACAGACAACAAACAGUGUGUUUAAUAAAACUCUGCUAAAGCAAGUGGUACCCCAGUCUCUCCUGGCCUGGCAAAGAGUCCGUGUAGCCAAUAUGAUGGCAGAUGGUGGUAGGAUGUGGGCAGAGAUCUUUUCAAAAUACAACUCUGGCACCUAUAACAAUCAAUACAUGGUCCUGGACCUGAAGAAAGUGAAGCUGAAUCACAGCCUGGGCAGUGGUACUCUGUACGUUGUGGAACAAAUUCCAACGUAUGUUGAAUAUUCUGAACAAACUGAAGUUCUACGGAAAGGAUACUGGCCCUCAUACAACAUUCCUUUCCAUGAAACAAUCUACAACUGGAGUGGCUAUCCACUGUUAGUUCAGAAGCUGGGUUUGGACUACUCUUAUGACAUGGCUCCACGGGCCAAAAUCUUCCGGCGCGACCAAGGAAAAGUGACCAAUAUGGAAUCUCUGAAAUAUAUCAUGCGAUACAACAACUACCAGAAGGAACCGUACAGUAAUGGUGACCCCUGUAGUACCAUCUGCUGCCGUGGUGACCUUGACUCUGUGAAUCCAGUCCCUUCAGGGUGCUAUGACACAAAGGUGGCAGACAUGCAUGUGGCAGCCCAGUACACAGCCUAUGCCAUUAGUGGGCCCACAGUACAAGACGGCCUCCCUGUUUUCCACUGGAAUCCUUUCAACAAAACUCUCCAUCAAGGCAUGCCAGAGGCCUACAACUUUGAUUUUAUCACCAUGAAACCAAUUUUGUCAGAUGAAAAAAUAGAAGGCUGCAAAUAA